GUUUGCGCGUGCAGUUCUUACCUCGGGAAAAUCGCUGCGGAGAUCCGCGCCAACAAGGGAAUUGCAGGAACAGACUUAGCUUUGCCGCCCGCGCGUUUUUCUGCAUCAGAUCCUGGUGGAAAGAUAACGGGGCGAAUAGCUCGGGGACUGAAAUAAUUUGAUUUAGAGCAUCGUGUCUGCUGUGUGUAGUAGUGGUUGGAUUGUGCAAACACAGAAAUCCACUCCUUGCCCGAGUGAUAGCAGCAAGUUGUCGGCAGCUUGUUUGCUCAAAUAUUCGCACUACCAGCCGGGAGCUCCAUUGUAAACAUUUACCAACGGGUUAAAUUAUUGAGUGUGCUUUAGUAGUGUCGUUUUCGGUCGGGAGAAUUCCGUUGAUAAUUGGCGUGCGGGUGGUGAAUCAUUUGCUUCCCAAUUUGUUCUACUAGCUGGCCGUUGUUUAGUUUAUCGAACACCGCACAGUGGCCGCGAUUACAUAAGUGCCCUUGCAGAACCGCGAAGACGAAGGGAUAAUUUUCCUCUUCAAACAGCUGUUUACUUCGUUCUCAGCAUUGUUUGACUAAACUUUUCACUGUUCGUGAUUGGCAUCAAUUACCGUGGGAAGCGCGUUGAAACGAGCGAUCUACCGGAAUCCAUAGUGCCAACAAUCGAAUGGUUCCAUUUAUUUUUCAUAGUGUUUCCUGCGUUUGAAAUCGAAGCAGCUGGUGAGCAGAAAAAGAUAUCCGAGUUUCUCGGACAAGAGCCAUUUAUCGGGAAUCGAGCAUCGGGUUUUAACGUCACAGCUGGAAAGCGGGAUUUUUGACAAUGGUAUUUGUGAGUUCGGCCGUCCUGGGGGCGGCUGCCGGAACGGGACUAGCGCUGUUGGUGGCCGUUACAAUCGUCAUGUAUCGCUACUAUGUAGUGAGACGCAAAGGAAAGGAAUGGGCGGAGCUGGACCGUUUGGAGGAGAAAAAAGCUGCUAGGAAGAUAAAUUUACAGGAGUGUAGUGUUAUCAGCGGAUCCCAUCCGGUUCAACCGACAUCAACUAUUGUUCCCCAUUCGUUGGACGACGAGACGCUGGGUGGCCCUUUGGAUGUGAGUUCCAGCUCACUGCAACCCCACUUGAAUCGGGUGAAAACUCAUUCCGAGCGACGGAAGCCACCUCCAUCGGCUUCCAGGAACAACAGCACGGAAAGUGUACACUCCAGGGCAUCGAGUUACUACGAUCCGACGAGCAAAUUGGCUAAUCCAGAAACCCGCUCAACGGUUUCAGAUAACUUUGUGAUACAGAAAUCCGGUUCCCCUAAGAGAAUGAGGACAUACAGUUUGGAGGGAAGACUUCCUCUCGGUUACGACCGGGAGAGUCGUAUGUCGUCGGCGAUCAGUGUGAGUCCGAGGGACAUAAAUUCUCCCAAGAAACGGAAUAGCACGGUUUCUUGUUCAACACUUCCACGGUCGAGCGAUUCGAGAGCCAUAGAAAGUCCUGGUGGAUCACCUCGUUCGGAUAACACUCGUUCACCCCGCCGCCGAGUACCGAUCAUUAUGACGGCGAAUGAUAUAAAUACAGUUUUAGGGCGAUUUCAUCUCAGGUUAAAAUAUGACGGCAGUAAGGAGGAGCUGUUCGUACAUUUGGUUGAAGCCCAAGAAUUGACUGCACCGACGGAGAGCGGCUUCCGAGAUCCGUACGUAAGAAUGUUCUUGGACACCGACGAGGAGAAUCGAACACUUCAAACGGCUGUUCAUCGAACAGAAACGCAUCCUUAUUUUGAUCAAAAUUUCUCGAUUCCUCUCAAACCAAGAAAUUUGGUGAAAAGUAAUUUUAUUCUGCAGCUACUGGAUUACGAUCGCUUCUCUCGUGACGAGGUGGUUGGCGAGAUUCGGUUUCUCCUCAACACAAUGGACCUCUCUGGUUGUGAAAUCUGGGGCGAUCUGAUCGCUGUCAGAAAAUCUACCGCCCAACUUCCGGAGCUGCUGAUAUCGUUGAGCUAUUUACCCCAAGCAGAACGCCUCACGGUUGUGGUAAUGAAGGCAAAGAAUCUCAAUGUAAUCCAUGAACCAUUUGUUAAGCUCUAUCUGAUCGUCAAUGAUAAACGCACCAAGAAGCGCAAGACUAGUGCCAUCCGCGCUGCGGAUCCUGCGAACCCGAUUUGGAACGAGGCUUUCACGUUCGAGAUUCCUGCUUCGCAGCUGCAAGAUGUCGGAGUCGAGCUGUUUGUGGCGUCCAACGAAGGAGAGAUUCAUGAACCGGGUUGUGCGAUCGGACUUCAGGAGGGGGGAACCGGCUUGCAGCAUUGGCAGGAUUUGAUGCAGAACAAUCGCAAACCGAUCGCUAUGUGGCAUCCGCUACAGUAAAUAUAUCAAAUAUUAUUUGUGAAUAAUUAUCUCAUGUAGAAGUUUCCAUUUGAUUGACACCCACCAGCCAUGGUUUCGAUCAAGUGUACAAAAAAGUAGAAUCAAAGGUAUUAUCCCAACAUAACAAAAUAUUCAAUAAUCCGGAGUUAUGAAACUGUGUAUAUAGAACUACAUGAAACCGGAAACUGCUAUGCUUAGGCAUAUCAUAAUGAAAUGCAGAUAUUCUUUCCGAAGAAAUUUUGUGUGUGACAUCUGAAUAUACAGAAUACGGAAGAAUAACUCGUUCAUGAUUGAUGUAUCAUAUGAUGUCGUAAAACUACUAACAAUUUUAUUCCAAAUCAGUGUAAUUGGAAGCAUUUUUUGGGAAUACCUAUUUUAUUCAACCAGACUACAGUGAUUGGCAAAAUACAGUUUCAACACAAUUUUUUUCAUUUCCUUCUUUUUUUUUUGAUAAAUUAAAGGCCGUAAUCAUUCUUCAAAUCUUAUUAGUUAUGUAAUUUUUGAGUUUCAUUCAUGCUGUACUGAGAGAAAUAAAAGUUUUUCUUUCAGAAAAAAAAUCAAUUUGUAUUCCAAAAAAAAAAACGGUGACAAAAAAGUGCCCAGAUUAGUGAAGCUUCAAUAAGCUUAACUGAAGGCAAAAAAGAACAUUCCAAUAACUGAUAUAACCUCAUUUAUUGCAUCCCAAAACCUUCACAUGCCAAAUUUGGUUUCGUUUGCUGGAUAAGUUCUCGAGUUAUGCAGAAAUUUGUGUUUUAUUUGUAUGACAGCUUCCUCUUACAGAGGGAAGUAGAGUGUCUAACCACCAUGAAAACAUUUAUUGCACCCUAAAACCUCCACAUGUCAAAUUUGGUUUCAUUUGUUUGAUUAAUUCUCGAGUAAUACAGAAAUUUGUGUUUCAUUUGUACGGUAGUAUCCGAGUGCAUCAGAAUCAGACAGACAGACAGACAGACAGACAGAAAUUCAUUAUUAUAUAUAAAGAUAAGAAAAACUUUCGUUUUUUUUCGGUGCAACAUGAAUGAAACUUGAAAAGAACAUAAUGAAUAAUAUUUUGAGAAUGAUUACGAUGUGUUAAAUUUUUUAUUUUAAUCAGAAAAAUGAAAGAAAUGAAAUAAAAUCGAGUGGGCACUUAAUUUUGCGAUCACUGUGUUCAUAUUCAAUGAUAUAUUGUUACUUCUGAUCUCUCCCCCGUUAAGACCGUGCACAUAACCUGAAAUUCUCCUUAAUCAAAUGAAGAGGACUAUUGAAACGUUGUGAUUUAAGUAAUAAUGCAUCAUGCUUUCAUAAACUUGAAAAUAGGCCUAAUAUUUAUAACAUUAGAAAGAACUUCAUCAAAGUUCUCAUUUGAAUCAACAAGCAACACUUAUUGAGCAGGAUUCUGAGCACCAUAGAUGGAUUAACUGGUCAGUCCUGAAUCGCGCUGAACCUGUCAGUUAACAGCAGCAUCUCACCUCGAAUCUUGACAGUUCUAAAUAGUAGAUCUCCGCCGCCGUCGUACGGUUACCCAUGGUUAGACUGAGGUUUAUGGAUACUAGCAAACCAUAAACAAUGUUUUAGUUUUGCCAACUAGUCUGCAUAUAUUAGAACAAACCGUAUGUUUAAAUUAUUAGAGCUUAAAAAAUAUUCAUAUAUAACUGAUAACGGAUGGUUUAUACAUUACGGAGUCCACAAAAAAAAAAACAAAGAGAAUGUAGAAAAAAAAUGGUGGUGUAUUUUGGAGAGGUUGGUUUUAUAUAACGUAUUCGUCGAGCCUCAAAAUGGCUAUUUGUAGUGUCAAUAUGGUUUAUGUAUGUAAUUUGUGUAUAGAAUACAAAAAAAAAAGAAACAUACAGGUUCAAUUAUGCGUGCUGCUUAUGUCUUAGCUUAGCUUAGCUAAUCAAAACAAUACAUAGUAAUGAUCUAAUCAAAACAUUUUCAAAUAGCGACUUGUUGGAAUGAGAAUAAUGUCUGAUGAGGUCCAAAAGGUUGAUCAAGUUGAUGAGCUGCUUCAACAGGAUAAACAUGAAUGUUCAUUUAUCAGAUAUUUUAUUAUUUGGAAUCCUAAAGCAUUUCAAUUUUUUACAUCCAAAUCCGAGUAAAUAAUUGAUUGUUGCAUUUACCCUUCAUUUAUCGGGAAUUAUUCUGCCGCAAUGUAUUUCAUAUCUAAAUACUGAUAAAUGAUCUUAAUCGAAGAUUUAUUCAAAUUAAUAGUAAAGUUUUGUUAAAUUAGGAUAUAUAUUUCAUGCUGUGAUUAUCAUUAUACAAGGGUGAGAGAACUUGAUAUUUUACCCAGACUAUACUUGUAUUCGAAAUAAAUAUUAUUUUAUUCUCAUAAAGGGUGUGUCACAUCAAAUUGCAUCACGGAAAAAACGCUGUAGAAAUUCGCCCAAUAGACCGAUCCUUUUGAAAAUUUUAGACAGUAAAAUGAAAACUAUUAAACAA